GUGGUGAACGCAUGCGCUGUCAAUGUCUCAAAUCGUGGCAAUAGUUUUGUAAACAAAUGACUAAUUAUUGGCAAAAAAUAGCAAUCAAUCGGUAAAUCACAUGAAAAUCGCGACAAUAAACCAAACAUUGCGUACAAAAUGUGUGUAAAUGUGGUGCAGAUAUAGCGCGAGAUCGUGUCAUAGUCUUCGCCAUCAGUGACACCAAUGCCUUCCUCGUCGGCCAACAGCACAUCCAUUGGCGGACACGACAGACAGCCGUCCGUUCAGCUGAAGAUCGAGGCGUCGGGCGGUCCGCCCAAUCAGACCAACUCCAAGAGGUUGCGGCAACUGAUCCUCAGAAACGGCACAUACUUUGUGUCACAAAUCGCUGUCUUAGUGACCAAACUGUCGCCAAUCGUGCAGAUCGUGUCCAUUGUCUUGAUUCUACUCUAUUUGAUCCAAUUGUCCGGCGAUUCAGUGACCGAUUGGCUGAUCCUGAGCCCCGACUCUGUGCUGAGUGUCGGCCAAUGGUAUCGCGUAUUGCUGUCACUCUUCACACACCCCUUCAUUGAACUGCACUUCUAUACGAUCGUCAUCGACAUGAUAUCACUCUCCCUAUUGGCCACACUUAUUGAACCCCUUUGGGGACCCAAAGAGGUGAUCCUAUUCUUCUGGGUGGUGGCCAUCGGGUCGGCAUUCCUCUCAUGCCUUCACUACAUCCUAAUCUAUACGAUAACCACAGACGCGUCGCAACUCUUCUCGACGCGAAUCCACGGUUUGUCGCCAUUCUGUGCGUCCAUUGCGGUGACAGUGAAGCAAAUGCUGUCGCAAUCGGUUCUGUUGACCACCGCUGUCGGCAAACUCAAGAACGACGACAUCCCUCUCACGUCCCUAUUGGUGGCACUCGUCCUCUACUUCUUGAACCUAAUAGAAGGCGAAUCAGUGGUGAUGUUCUUCUACGGACUGCUCGUGUCGUGGAUUUAUCUGCGAUUCUUUCAACUCCAUGAGCACAACAGCCGCCGCUCCACCACCGCCUCCACUGCGGGCCCCACCCGUAGCCAAACCCGUGGCGACUACUCCGACGCCUUCGCGUUCCACACAUUCUUCCCGAACGUCUUGAGACCAGUUGUGGCCGUCUUUGCCGACGCCUUAUAUGCGCUGUUCGUGCGGAUCGGGUUGUGUCCCGACAUCAGCGCCGGUGAUCACUACCAGGCCGUGCGACUGCUCAGCGAACGGCUCACCAAUGAUAUGAAUCACACCAAUCACACCACAAACCAUACGCCCAAAGUCGAGACACUCUGAGACGACAGGCGCCCCACACCUGUCCUACCAUUCAAUCCAUUGUUUGUUUUGUUUUAUUUUAAUUUAUGUUUUGUUUUUAAUUAAGUUUUUUGGACUAAUAUUUUGAUUAAUUUUUUUGUGGCCAUCGAGUGAGCGCUGAAUAAAUAUUUAUUUUUUUUGUUUUUAUAUAAUUAAUGAGUGAAUGGUAUGUGAUGUGAGUGACAGUGAAGAACCCGUGGAAGUGCUGCCAACAUAUGAUGACUUCAUGCAUAUGUUAUAAUGAGUUAAAUCGAAAUUAUAAAUAAUUUUAAUAUUAAUAACACAUAAAUGGAUACAAAUUAAGUGAAAUACGCGAUCAUAGGAUAUAUUAUUUUUGAAUACUCUCUGCGAUUAUACCGUAAUAUAGUAUGAGAUGCUGUAUAAUAUCAAAGACUAGUGGCUUAAGGACUGACACCGCAUACAAAUAAAAGUGCAC